GCUCUUCCGUCGAAGAAUACAUUUUUUAUCUAUAUUGGAUUUUUUGAGCUUGUACUUUAAGAUAUUUUUUUUAUUCAUAGAAAGUAAGUGAACAAAUCUUUAGCAAACAAUUGAAGGCUCAAUAAACAAAAGCUAGUAAUAGGAUUAACUUCAUUUACAAGAUUGAAUAAUACAAGAAUAACAUGAAAGGUUGUGUUGGAAAUGAAUUGACGUACUGCAAAUAUUAAAUUGUUAUAGUGUGUUUAUGUUAAGUUAUUGUUUUAAAUAAUUUAAUAAGAAUGACAACGGAAUCGAAGAAAAUCAUCAGCCGACCCAGAGUGGCGUUAUCACAAUUUUUAGCAUGUCUAGCGCUAAACGUUCUGCUAGUUGGACUCGGGAUGUCGAUCAGUUUUGUCACAAUGGUUCUUCCCGACGUGCUAGAUGCUAAAGAAGGCCUUUCUCUAAAUAAAAAGCAAGCGUCCUGGUUCGGUAGUAUGGCAUUCCUGUGUCAACCUUUGGGCAGUGUAUUCUCAGGACCGUUGCUGGAUCACUUCGGACGAAAAAAAGCUUUAUUCUUAGUAAACAUACCACAUUUAAUUGCGUGGCUACUUUUAUACUUUGCAUGGGACGUGCCUUCAUUGUUCUUAGGCAAUGCGCUUUUGGGUAUCGGCACAGGGAUUAUGGAGGCCCCAUCUGUGACCUAUGUCGGAGAAAUCAGUGAUCCGUCGUUACGCGGAAUACUAACAACCCUGACCAACAGUUUCACAUCAACGGGAAUGUUCAUCGCAUACUUACUAGGAACUGUGGUGUCUUGGCGUCAAGCAGCACUUUUGUCGCUUACCGUACCUGUCGCUACGAUGGUGCUCGUAUUAUUUGUUCCCGAAACACCAAUUUGGUUGCUAUCAAAGGGUCGACAAAAAGAAGCACUACAGUCUCUAUGCCGUCUUCGAGGCUGGGCAAAACCAGCAGAUGUGCAGGAGGAGUUCAAUGAACUUGUGCAGUACAAUGAUAAUAUCACUAAAUGCGUUGUAUGCAAUGCCGAAGAAAAACCAGAUGUUCAAGAAUGUGAACAUUCAAGUUAUAACUUUUUCAAGAAGUUAAUUAUGAAAUUCAAAUAUGUCCUAUUUGUCAAAGAAACGAUGAGACCCUUCAAACUGGUCAUGGCGUAUUUCUUUUUUCACACUAUGAGCGGACUUCUACCAGUGAGACCUAACAUGGUAAAUGUCUGUAAGGCUCUCGGAAUGAAAUUUGAUCCAAAAGUGAUUGUGGUUGUAGUUGGCGUAGUUUACAUAAUUAUGAACUUACUAUCUGCUGUCAUAGUGAAAACUAUUGGUAAAAGAAAACUAAUCCUGUCUUCGUUAUUCGGAACAGCCUGCUGUAGUCUUGCUUUAAGUGUGUACGCGGGAAGUAAACUAUCCAGCGAUGUGUUCUCAUAUGAAGUUAGCACAUUUCCUGAGCAGACGGAAAUUCUUCCUGUCAUUUUGUUCAUGAUGCUCGUUAUGUUUACAAGCCUGGGAAUACCUUGGAUAUUACUCUCGGAAAUGUUUCCCUUCAGGAGCCGAGGCAUGGCGACUGGUUUGGCUGCUGCUCUUAGCUACGUUAUUUUCUUUUUAGGUGCUAAAACUAACUACAACCUUGAAGCUAAUUUACAUAUGUAUGGCACCUUUACGAUAUAUGCUAUAAUAGGAUUUAUUGGUGUGGUCUUUUUAUAUUUCUUCUUGCCGGAAACUGAACGUAAAACAUUAGUCGAAAUUGAAGCUUUCUAUAAAGGAAAUCAAAAAAUAUUUGCAGACGACUUUUUCAUAAACGCCUUUAGAAAAAAUAAAGCUGAUAAACACGUUAAUAGACCAAUGCUAGUCAAUUGAGAUUAUUUGUAUUGAAUACUUGCCAUGUUGAUUUUAUAUCACGUCGAUGCUUAUACGUGUAACGUGAAGAGAGUUUUUAAUUUAAUGAAUAUAAAUUGAUAUAUCUUAAGUUAUCUAAGACUGCCUCGUAUAAACAUGAAAUUAUUGUAAAUUAAAAACUGUAUUUAAUCAAUACCGCCUCACUCACGAUAAUUGUUAAUUUUCAAUCUUUCUUUACUGAAUGGUUGUUCGUUGUCAUUUUUAAUUUGUUUUAAGUUGAUUAUUAGUUUAAUUUUAUAAUAAGAACAAAUUUUGAUACAUUUAUAACUAAAGAUUUAAAGGCACAAAUAUAUAUGGCAACUAAGAUAAUUUAAUGAGAACGUCAAAAAAAAUGUAAUGUAUGUAUGUAUGUAAAACGCACAUUUUAUUUUAAUCUGUUCAUUUAAAAGUGAUCAAAAUUAAUAAAUAAAAACGAAACAAUAUUAGGAAAUAUAUAUUUAUU